AUGGGAAAUGGUUCGGUGGUCUAUUCAGGAGAUCAUCAUACUUUGGAUUUUGGAUUCAAUGGGAUGAAGAGAUUCAGUGAAGAUUUGAUCCAUCGGCGCUUUCUCCCGAAUCAUUUCCCAGAGGAUCGUCUCGAUUGGCAUGAUAGACGUGUCCUUGUUGGCCACAUAGUUAUCAUGCAUGAUGCCUGCGACGGCCAAUUGGAUGAACGUUGGUUGCCCAACAUUCCAGGAGAUAUUGUGGGCAAAUCCAUUGGCUUGAACCCAGUGGAAUGUUCCAGGCCCGACAAAGACCAUGUCUCCUUUCCUUUGAAGGAACUUUUGGACUGGAAUUUUCGCUUGAAGGAGAUCGCCUUCAAAUGGCCAAAACUCUUGCUUGUAGAUUUGGCCUCGUUCCAAGUUCAUCCCAAGCUUGCAUUUGGCCAUCUUUUGGAGUUGUCCAACGAACUCCAAAGGUACCCCAUACCAACAAGAGGUGGAUGGCCCAAGGCUAUGAUUGACGGAGCCGAGACCACUGUUCUCCAAGUGAGCACCAGUUCUGACUCCUGGUACCUUCAGAUAGAGUUGUGGCUUGUUCAGUCCUGGAAUUGA